AUGGAAACACCAAAUCUAACAGUGCCAAAUGAAUUCAUUCUCAUGGGAAUCACAGGCCGCCCUGAGCUGCAGGCUCCACUGUUUGCGCUCUUUCUCAUCAUCUACGUGAUCUCAUUGGUGGGCAACUUGGGCCUGGUCAUCCUCACCAAGAUGGACUCCAGGCUGCAAACACCCAUGUACCUCUUUCUCAGACACCUGGCUUUUACUGAUCUCGGUUAUUCAACAACGGUGGGACCUAAAAUGUUAGUAAAUAUUGUUGUGGAUCAAAAUACAAUCUCCUAUUACUUUUGUGCUAUACAACUAGCUUUCUUCCUUAUGUUCAUUAUUAGUGAAUUUUUUAUUCUGUCGGCAAUGUCCUAUGACUGCUACGUGGCCAUCUGUAAUCCUCUGCUCUACCCAGUUAUCAAGUCACAAAGGAUUUGUCAGGUGCUGGUGGCAAUCUCCUAUCUCUACAGCACAUUUGUUUCUCUUCUAGUCACUGUAAAGAUUUUUAAGUUAUCCUUCUGUGGCUACAAUGUUGUUCAUCAUUUUUACUGUGACUGUUUCCCUUUGUUAUCUUUGCUCUGCUCAAACACACAUGAAACUGAGAUGAUUAUUCUGAUUUUAGCCAGUUUUAAUUUGAUUUCAUCCCUUCUGAUAGUUCUUGUUUCUUACCUGUUCAUUCUUGUAGCCAUUCUCAGGAUGAGCUCUGCCGAGGGUAGGCGCAAGGAUUUUUCUACCUGUGGAUCCCACCUCACUGUGGUCAUAGUAUUUUAUGGGGCUUUGAUAUUUAUGUAUGAUCAGCCCAAGUCCAGUCAUUCCUUUGACACUGAUACAGUGGCGUCCAUAUUUUACACCCUUAUUAUCCCCAUGUUGAAUCCUUUGAUCUAUAGCUUGAGGAACAAAGAUGUAAAAUAUGCACUGCAAAGGAUGUGGAAAAAACAACUCAAUCUUUGUUCUUAA